GCUGGGGGCUGCCUCGCCGCCCACACCUGCAGGCUCCAGCACCGCUGCCGGGACCAGCCCAGCGCCCCCAACCCACCACGGCCCCGCUCCCAACCCGGGAGCCCCCGAGGGCCCGAGCCGCUGCCCGGGCGCAGGGCGGGCGGGUGCCGGUCGCCAAGGCGACGCGUGAGGCCUCCGCCCGCUGCCGGCACCGCCAUGGGCCCCAAGCGGCCCAAGGCCGCCGCCGCCGCCGCCUCCGCGGGGCCCGCGGCGAAGAGCUGGGAGGCCGCGCUGGUGGCCGCCGCCCUGGAGGAGGAUGACUGGAAGCCUAGCAUCGCUUUUGUGGUUGGGACCAAAAUUGAGGAUGAAAUACACACAACAGCCUUGUCUCUUGCUGUGCAGGUGCCACAACGGAAGCUCUUCAGCGUGGUGACACGUGAAGAUAUCUUCAAACAGAUCACAGAAUCUGGAAAUCAAAAGGGAAAAAAGGUUAAGGAUGUGCCUAUGUUCUAUGAGGUAGUAGAAGCAGCCAAAGCCAUUCUUAACAGUGGAGAAGAGAUUCCUGUAACACUAACUGGAAAGCUAUUGAAAUUUCAACUGCUUUGUCUUAAACAGAAAGACAUUCAGAGAAGGGAAGCUGAAAAGAAGGCUGAAGAAGAGCGAAAAAAGGAAAAAGAUGGAGGAAAAGAGAAAGGUAAACCUCUUGGCAAGAAGGAGAAACCCCCUAGUGCCAAGACAGCUGAGAAAGAAAGGAAAGGAAGAAAGACAGACAUAGCCCCUGCAGUGCCAGCUACUGUUAAAAAGAACACACAAUUGAAGCGACGAGGAGAAGAAGAAGAGGAAUGCAAAUACAUUGAUGAUGAACCAGAUGAUGGUGCCCAUUAUUACUUUAUAAUCUUGGGUUUCCACAACCCUCAGCUACUGCCUGUGAUGUCUGAGCUUGGAGUUAAUGUUUCAAGUGUAAUCAGGAUUUCUUCUGAGAAUUAUAAUCCAUUACAGACAUAUUUGGAAGCAGCUAAACUUCAAGAAGAAUCUUCACUUUCACCUGAAGAUGUUGAAGCAGAGAAAAGAAGGAAAGAUGAAGCUGUCAAAGAUCUGGAAAUGUUUUGGAAAUACCUAGAGCCAGUUCUGAACAGUGGAAAGCAUGGAUCAAGUCUCUUUGACGUUGCCAGACUUCAUCACCUAGUUAAGGAGAAUGCCUUUCCCUCCGACUGGUCUGACAGAGAAAUGCUGCUUGCAUUUGGCACUGCAUUGUUUGAAAGUAUUGCUUGUUUAAUGUAUGACUGCCUGGAUUGGAGAAGACAGCAUUGUAACUACUUGGAAAACACCAAGUUUAUUAAUGUGCCUGAAUUAUCAGAGAGCACAUCAACACAACCACCUGUAACUGAGAUACAACCAGCACCACAAGUUACACCUUCAAAGAAAAAAGGGCAAGCAGAAGAAAAUCUGCCAACAGUGAUUUUGUCACAGGAGAAAGAAGUUUCUUUUUUGGCUGCCUCUGUAGAUAUGAGAUAUUACAAUGACUUGCUGAAUCAGAUUCCAGAGGAAUACUUUUCUGUGCCCUUAAUGCUGAGCUGCAUGCUGGAACAAGUUAUUGCAAGUGAAGAAGACCUUACACCACCUAGUCUGGUGGUGCCAGAGCGCCGGGCAGAUGGGCUACAUCAUGCCAUUGCAGAUCAUAUAGCCUCUGUCCUUCCUUCUCUUCCACUUUCUGAGAGUGAAAAAAAGAAUCUCUAUGACUACUUUUCUCCUCAGUACAGUGAAGAAACUGUAACCCCCAAGUAUCCUCUCUUAUUUAAUUACCAUGAUACUCUGGGUCAGCGAUUACACCUGCUGAAGGUCCAAGACAACUUAAAUCCAGAAAAGAUUGAACAUGAAAUGAUGGAUAAAUUGCCUCUAAAGGAACUUAUCCAUUUCACCCUUCCUUCAACUAUAAACAACACUAAACGCUUGGCCAGUGUUCAUGAGCUCAUGCAUUAUUGCACUAGUGAACUUCUGAGUUGGGCUGAAGUAGAAAGAGCCUUCAGAGUGUUUACUUUUGAAAGCCUGACGCUGACUGGGCUGAGUGACUCUGGUCUCCUGGAGAGCUCUGGAUCUAUGGUUGGAGGUGAUUCUGAAGUGUCUUAUAUCCCUUGGGAUAAUCCAGCCAGGUUUGCAAGACAGCUGAGACAACUCUUCCUUAUGGAAACGAAGCUUAAUGAGAAAUCACCAAGAGGCUCUGGAACUGCUGAAACAGAUGAUAAGAAUGGAAGAGAUUGUCUGGCCGAUCCUGUUUUCAACAAAGAAUUGGAUCUUUUUUCUUCUGAUCUGGUGAGUCUGGAAAAUAAUGGCAUAGAACCAAACUUAGAAGAAAUAAAAAAGAUUCAGAAGCGUUGUCUGACAGACUGGAGUUUUGCUGAGUAUUUUCAACCCCACGUUCUUCUUCAGGUUCUGUAUACUGCAAACCAAGAGUAUAGAUGUAUUGAUUGCUUUUAUCAUACCCAAGAUAAUUCUUUACUAAUGGUUCUUCACAAUCCUAUGAAUCAGUAUCGUUCAUGCCAAGAGACGUGGGAUGUUGCAUUACACUCUAAUGUUGGAUUCAGGAACUAUCUUGAGCUGGUAGCCAACUCGAUUGAAGACUGGGUAAAAGAAGAAGAAGUCAAAUACCAAGAAGAGAAGAUAGCCAAGGAAACAGAAGCUCUUAAACUGGCAGGAGGCACUGCAGAAGGACCUUCUGAAUUUUCUGAAUGUGCUGUCAAAAAAAAUGGCUUGCCUAAGAACGCCGCAAACAGCACAUCAAGAUGUGAGAGCGUAAUGGAGACCAUUCCAGAAUCUCAACCCAGCAAUGAAAAAAGUCCUUUUAUUAGAGAAGGUUCUCUUAAGGCUUGGAAAGAGGAACAGAAUCGGUUACAAGAGGAAGAACGACUUAAGGAAGAAAAAAAAGCAAAAAAAGAAAAUUUGGGUGAUAAAAAGAAAAGACAGGAGACAGCAAUAUGUGUAGAAAGUGAAGGUUCCAAUAAGAAAUCUUCCAAAGAAAAACCUGAAGAUGAGGCAGCAAAAGCCUCUGAACCUGAGGAGGAUCCCAGCAUCCCAGAAACACAUUCUGAGAAAGUGUACAAGUUUCUUGGCUACAACAUGGGGGAGGGUCUCAUUCAAGUAUCUGGAAUCAAUCACUAUCUUUUCCCAUCUGAUGGAGGACAGAUUCAAGUAGAGAAGAUAGAGUUUGUAAAAGGUCUAACUUUGGUGAAGCUGAAAGUGAUAAAGGACAACCACAAUUUCUUCAUUCAUAUCACGGACCCCAAGAAAGACUUAACAGAAAUUGAAGUGCAAGAAAAUAAUGAAGAACAGAAAGUUACAUCAGGAAAAAUGAAGAAUCAAAAGAAAGCUGUGAGCAAGUUUGGAUCUUUUUCAGCCACCUUAGAAAAUGGAAUCCAGCUGUCCCUGAGCUAUUAUGGACCUACAGGGAAGACAGCAGAUGAUGAAACAGAUCCUGUCUUAGCAACAGUUCUGAACAUCCCUUCUGUUCAUAUUCCGACUGUUUUUCCUUCUUCUACAUCAGCUUCAGGAAAAAAAGAUAAGUCAAUCAAACAAAAACCAGGAAAAUCUCUGCCAUCUACAAAAGCAAGCCAUAGCAGAGUAAGCUCUACACCACCAGACACCCACAUAAAACAAGAAGAAGGAAAGGUGGAAAUAGAAGAACCAGCUUCCCAAACACAAGUCAUUUCAGAUGCUCUUGCUUUCCGAAGCUUGAAUAUCUCCUGUCCCAAUGGACUAGUAUUAACUUUCCUUGGUGAAAGUUUUGAAGAUUUGAAAGGUGAGACCAAAGCAGAUGAAGCCAAGGAAGAGGAGCCUGAGAAAGGUGAGACCAAAGCAGAUGAAGCCAAGGAAGAAGAGCCUGAGAAAGGUGAGACUAAAUCAGAUGAAGCCAAGGAAGAGGAGGUUGAGAAAGCUGUAACCAGAGCGAAUGAAGCAAUGGAGGAAGAGAUUGUGGAAAGUGGAGAGAAAGAACAUGAGGUUACAGAAGGUGAAGUAAAGCAAGAAGACACCAAAAGAAAAAAGGCAAAACAGCCUGCUCUGGAAAUUCUUGUUAGGCAAAGUUAUCCCCAAAAGAUAAAGAACUCUCAACUAUAUACAUCCGUGGCAAGACAUAUAGAACAAGAGGUGUCAAGAGUCAUCACUGGACAAGGAACUGUCGUAAAGUAUAUGAUGGAUGGAUCUACCUGGAUUCUGUUUGCUGAUGGCACAGUGAGUAGGAGUCCUGAUUCUGGCCCUGUCCUUCCACCACCUGCAAUUCCAGAUAACACGGAACUGUUGCCAGAAUCAGAGCCUUUACCAGAGACCAGCACUAAGAAAGGAAAAGGAAAUGACAGAAAUGGUGUAUCACACCCAAACAAGGAUGAAGUGUCUGAAAAUACCGUUCAGGGUCUAGUUGAUUCUGAGCAACCUAAGGAGAAUCAGGCAGGAACCUGGAUAACAACAACCCCAUUAGGCAUUCAAGUGGGCACUGAAGGAGCAAAACGAAUGGAUCUGGAGCCAAUCUUAAUCUAUCAGGCAACUGACCCAGCUGAUGGAACGGUUAUGACCGUACGAGAUGAUGAAGUGAUAAUUGUUGAGAAGCUGGAUGGUAGCAGAGUAGUAGAUCAUGCUGAUGGUACUAGGAUCACAACUUUUUAUCAAGACUGCAAAGAACUUUUUAUGCCUGAGGACAGUGAGGAAAGAGAUGAACGCUCAGAAGCCAUCACAAAGAAAGUGAAAUAUGUACGAGUAGAAAAUCCCAAGUUUGCUACCGUUACAACAAAUUGUGAGGAUGGUUCUUGUUGUACCAUCUUUGGAGAUGGGACAUCUGUUACAGCAAAGCCACAGGGAACAUACCAGGUUUUACCCAUCAAGACAGGCUCCCUUUUCAUUGAUGAAGAUUGCACGGCAGUUUAUACCCAUGAAGUUUACAAUUUCAUCAGCAAGAAAGAAGGAAAACAAACAGGGAGAUAUGUUAUGAAACACACUUCCAGCACUAUUUGUGAAAUGAUGGACCCUGAAGGAAAUCUUUUCAAGGUCAUGGCUGAUGGUAGCACAUCUGUGGUUAUUCCUAGCACUGGCCCUGACAACAAGGAGAACAGAAGUUCAGCAUCAGUACUCCCAGAAGAUAAGAAACCUGUCAUUUAUGAUGAGCAUGUCCCCAGGUUCUUCGUCAUCCACACGGAUGGUUCAGGAACUGAACUCCUACGGAGCCGGGAUGUAGAAGAGUAUCUCGCUGAGGCUUCUAGAGAUCCAGCUGCUGUGGUCUUGCAGGAACCUGUACAAGAACAUCCAGGUGUUUUAAGUAUUACUGUCCUCAGCCCAUUGCUUGAAGCUUCCCCCUGGGUAAUGAAGAAAGAACCAGAGAGUAUUGUUCCUCCAAAUCUUCAGGCAAGGACCUGGAAUACAUUUUCUCCUCACGAGAGGAAGAUCACAGAUCCUCCAGUCAGAACACAUAUUUGGAAGGGUCUCCACAUCGGAUCCCAAAAGCAGCCGUGCUUGCCAGUACCUGUGCGAAAAUGUCCUAAUAAACUGCAAAUUCGUCAACUGUUCCAGUAUGAGCCACUCAGUGACAAACUAAGAGAAAAGCUACAGCUUUCUCUCAAGGAAUACAUAGAAAACAUUUUAAAGCAGGAAAGUGACCUGGAAGAGAUGAAUGUAAAAGAACCAAGAACAGAAGAUGAAAAAGAGAAUGCUGCAAAUCUCCUUGAUCUGGUUACGUCCUUCCCUAUCUGGGAGAAGUCAUCUGAAGAUCUAAGUGCCAGAGCUCACAUAACUGAGCUGUAUGAACAUGCAGUGGCUUCCCAAUGCCAGCAUAACAGAGAGAAAACAGUCAAUAAGCAAACAGAGGAACAGGAGCAGAGUUCCAGCACAAACGGACAAACAUCAGUGUCCAAAUGGCAGAGCAAACUACAAGAGUACAGGAAAGAACUUGAUGAAGAAAAGAAAACCUUAAUGGCAAUAAGAAACAAAAUAAUUCCUCCAUAUUUUGAAUCAGAAUGGGGCAAGGCAUUUCUCUCAAAAAAGUUUCCUGAUGUGGAAGCACUGUCUAAGGAACUUCCUCCAGUUCCAAAAAUAGAAAGUGAAAAUCUCCUUUUAGAGACGAUCAAAAACCCCAGGAGAGCAUCUGAGUGUCUCAACAGCACAAGUGAUUCUUCACCAUCUCCUGGUCUUCUGCUGAAGACUCAAUCAAAGCAAAGUAAAGGUUCCAGCAGCACAACAGAUCAAAGCAAGGCUGCAGGGUCACAAGAGAUACCCUUUCGACUUAAAGUUCAGAGUCUGCUGGUGAAUGCUGCAGGACAGCCAAGAAAAGAGAAAGUGAGAUUACCGUCUUCACUUCAGGGAAGAAAACCAAACUCCAUACCACACAAAAAGAUAGAAGAUCCUGCCGCAGGAAAAGUCAACAUAUCUUCUCUUGCAACAACAAAAUGGCAUCAUUGUGGCUUCCAUCUCAUUCCACCUAGAGUGACAUUUGGAGUACUAAAGGAAGGCUGCACCUAUGCAACCACUGUGAUUCUGAAGAAUGUUGGCAUAAACUUUUCAAGGUUUCGGGUGAAGCAACCACCUCCGCACACCGGACUGAGCGUGAUGUACACACCAGGACCUGUGGCAGCAGGAUUGCACGUUGAACUGGAGAUAGAAAUAUUCGCCAUGGUAAUUGGAGGGGAAGGUACUGACGGUCGUGAAGAAAUUUCCCAUGAUAUUGAAAUAUUAACAGAAGCAGAGACCAUUCUCCUGCCUGUGAGAGCAACUGUGUUAGCCACUGACAUCUAUGAGUGCCGCCCUCAAGGAUACCCCCAGGGUGGGAUGGCAGAAGCAGUCUGGACAGCUUCUACAAAACCUAAGCCACGGUUCCGGAUCACACUACCCCGAAAACUUUCUAGCUAAUGUCAGAGCCCUGGAAGAAUGAUGUAAAAAAUCGGCAGUAGUGAAUUACCUGAAUUUUAGUCCAAUGUUAUGGAAACAUUCCCAAUAUAGACAUUUUCAUUUGUUUAAU